AUGGAGCCCGAAAUUGAGGGCGUCAUUACCAGACAUUCAUUAAAACUGUUGUUUCAGGCGAGAAUGGAUAACAUACCCGUUUUGGACAAGUUCUGCUUUAUUUUCCAUCUAAAGACAGGAUGCAUCGCUAUGGGGAUCGCGAACUCUGUAAAAUUGGUAAGAUAUUAUGAAAGUGAAGAAAUACUACGGAACAGCUGCCGUCUGACCUAUGUUAUAGAUGUUACAUUCUACAUAGAUCAAUACCUAUUGUUUGUCUCAAAAUUUCAGAUCAUAACAUUCACGCUAGCCAUAAUUCUGGUGACCCUGGCCGUGGACAUAAAGGAAGUGACCGAAGCCCAGCAGAAACGCGAAGACACCGACGCCACUAUGUCUUCUGUCGUGUACACUAUUGUAGUGCUGCUGUGUGUCCUACUCUUUAUCAAGUUUGUCCUGGAUAUGGUCUUCGUCUAUGCUGUAUACAAGGAAAAAAGCAAGAUAAUAAGGAAAUAUUGCAUCUUCUGGCUGGUAUUUGUCAUUUUGUUCAUCAUCGGAUUCCUCAAGAGCCUGUUUCACAUGGACGCUGGUCAUGUCAUCGCCCAAAUACUUUUCUUGGCUGAAAAUUUCUAUUACAUUGUGGUCAUACGGAGCUAUUUACUCUCAAUCAACGAAGACGGCGUUCUCUAAACAGUGACGUAAUAAUGAGCAAAUUUCCAACACAUUCCUAAAUAUUUACACUAGUAUUACCUACCGUGGAUUUACAAUAACAAAGAAAAUGAGAGCAUUUUGUUAACUAAAUGGUGCCAUGUUUUGUAGUACUUAUUCUUAUUAGUGUGUAUAUUAGUUCAUUGAUGUAUUUUCGGUGUACAUUUAAUUAGAAACAUAUAGAAGUUGUUGUUAUGUAGAUAGAACACAUUUCAGUAAUCUUUUACAAAUAUAUACUUUUAUUGCAAUAUUUGAAGUAUAAGGCACUGUUAUAUUUGUAGAAGAUUGUGACUGAUGGAGGAAUAGCAAUCGUGUGGUAAAAAUUUAGACCUAGUCUUUGCAAAGAUUUUAGUCUUUAAUGCAGAUUUUGUGAGUGAAAGGGCCUAAUGGAUGCUUCUGAAUCAAACACAUUUCAUGCAAUAAAUAUCAGAUAUUUCUGCAUGUUUUCUUACAUUAACUACAUAUCUAACUCGUUUCAACUUUUAUGCAACACUUUAUAAAAAAAUUGAAAGCUAUACAAUUAUCAAAAAAUAAUGUUAGUUGAAGUAAUAUACAGUA